CUUGUCCGUCUGAAGCUGCGAGUCGCGCGGUAACAUGCAGCGCGGAGCUGGGCAGCACUGAACGAUAAACAAGCCCGAAUACACCACCCAGUCCGGUUCACCUCCACGUACAGGCUCAGCGUGCGGAUUUAGAAGUGUUCUGAUCCAGGGGCUUGGUGUCAUUGCUGUGCACACACUGACUUGUCACCAUGGGAAAGCAAAACAGCAAGCUCAGGCCGGAGAUGCUGCAGGACCUGAGGGAGAACACUGAGUUUUCCGAUCAUGAGCUACAGGAGUGGUACAAGGGCUUCCUUAAAGACUGCCCAAGUGGCCACCUUAAUGUGGAGGAGUUUAAGAAGAUCUAUGCCAACUUCUUUCCAUACGGUGAUGCCUCCAAAUUUGCAGAGCAUGUUUUCCGCACCUUUGACACCAACAACGAUGGCACAAUCGACUUCAGAGAGUUCAUCAUCGCCCUGAGUGUGACCUCACGGGGAAAGCUGGAUCAGAAGCUGAAAUGGGCAUUUAGUAUGUAUGACCUGGAUGGCAAUGGAUACAUCAGUCGCGAGGAGAUGCUGGAGAUUGUGCAGGCCAUAUAUAAGAUGGUGUCGUCUGUGAUGAAAAUGCCUGACGAUGAGUCUACACCUGAGAAGAGGACUGAUAAGAUAUUCAGACAAAUGGACCUGAACAAUGAUGGUAAGCUUUCCUUGGAGGAGUUUAUAAAAGGUGCCAAAAGUGAUCCGUCCAUUGUGCGGCUGCUGCAGUGCGACCCCAGCAGUGCCUCCCAGUUUUAA